CUGAUCAUCACGGCUCCACUCCAAUUUAUCAGAUCAUUUCCAAUAAGUCCCCACUACUAAACGAAAAUGUCUUACUCUCGAGAGAACAACGAAGUCUCCGCUUCCGGAGAGGAUAUGGUCAACGCCAUGCGUGGCUAUAAAGCCACCCUGCACAACCCCCGUGUCUCCAACGAAGCCAAGCAGCACGCGCAAGACGUGCUUGACAAUGAGAUCCACGGGAACAAACCGCAGCAGGAUCUGUAUGAAGUUCGUCAGCGGAACAAGGAGCCUACUCGUGUAGCGAGUGGUUUGAAGGCUGCUCAACAGAAUCCCCGUGUGACGGACAGAGGUAAGAAGCAGGCUGGUGAUCAGUUGAAUCAAUUGGUGGAGCAGCAGCCGGAGGAGUAAUUGCUUAAGACUUGACACUUAAAGACUAUGGAUAGAGAAUGAAUGCACUUUUGUAUACAUUAACGUGUUAUCCUUUUGUACAUCUAUCAAUCUAAUUAUAGAAUCACUCUAUAGGAGG